AUGAAGCUCGCCGUCUUCAGCGCGAAAUCGUACGAUCGCACCUACUUGGACCGAGUGCUGGGCCAGCGGUUCACCGAGCUGGGUAGCAUCGAAUAUCACGCCUUCGCCCUCUCCGAGGAGACCGUGCCCUUGGCGCGAGGCUGCCAUGCCGUCUGCGUCUUCGUCAACGACACGCUCGACGCCUCCGUACUGCGUGCCCUGCAUGCAGGCGGCGUGCGCGCCGUUCUCCUGCGCUGCGCGGGAUUCAAUCACGUCGACCUCGAGACCGCCGAAACACUCGGUCUCUUCGUCGCCAACGUGCCUGCCUAUUCUCCCGAGGCCGUGGCCGAGUUUGCCGUCGCGCUGAUCCAGACUCUGAACCGCAAGACCCACCGUGCCUACAAUCGCGUGCGGGAGGGCAACUUCAAUAUCGAGGGCCUCUUGGGCACUACGCUGCACGGGAAAACCGUCGGCAUCGUCGGCGUGGGACGAAUCGGUCUCGCCACCGCCCGUAUCUUCCACGGCUUCGGUUGUCGACUGAUCGCUCACGAUCCCUUCGCCGGCGACGAGUUCCGUCGGUACGGCACCCUGGUCGAUCUCGACACUCUGCUGCGGGAGAGCCAUAUCAUCAGUUUGCAUUGCCCGUUGACCGAGGGCACCCGCCAUAUCAUCAAUGAAUCAUCCCUGUCCCGCAUUCGGCCCGGCGCCCUUCUCGUCAAUACAUCGCGAGGAGGGCUGAUCGAUGGGACGGCGGUCAUCCAGGCUCUCAAGACCCGUCGCCUGGGUGGACUCGCGCUGGACGUCUACGAAGCCGAAGGCGAGCUGUUCUACAACGAUCACUCGGGCGAGAUCAUCGACGACGACGUGCUCAUGCGCUUGAUGACCUUCCCCAACGUCAUCGUCUGCAGCCACCAGGGAUUCUUCACGCACGAGGCCUUGACCGAGAUUGCUACGAUUACCCUGCGCAACUGGUCCGACCUGGUGGACGGGCGUUCAUGUCCCAACUCGUUGGUCACCGAGGGCCAUGCCCUCGUUCGGGCCGACACCGCCCCGGUUCGAUUAUAG